UUCUAGGUCUACCACGCGUGUUCGAGUCGUUUCGGGUCAAGUCAAAACAGUACGUUCCGCGGGUUCUAGAAGGCUGGUCGCAGUGUAUAAAAGCGUCGCAACGUGACAGCUGCACAGAUCAAAGACAACUUGCUUACGAAAGCCUCCGAGAGAGAGAGACGAUACAAGCGAACACUCCAUUUACUACUACCACUGCUGUACUUACACAGUUAAUUGUCGUGAAGCAAGAUGAGUUUGCUACCGCUUUUGCUCGAGCCAUUCGUUGAAGAGAGGGCAGUUCGAGAUCCCUGGACCGAAAUGCGUCGUGACAUGGAUCGCAUGAACCGCCAAAUGCAUCAAAUGUACCAUCACAUGUUCCAAAACUACCCAGGGCAAGUGCGUGGAAUGCAAGAAAACCACUUCCAAAACUACCCCAUCGUGGAAGAGGAUGGUAAGAAGAAAUUGAAGUACGUCUUUGAUGUUCAUCAAUUUAAGCCAGAGGAACUGGACGUUAAAACCAAAGGCAAUCUAGUCACCGUCGAGGCCAAGCACGAAGAGAGCGGCGACGGAAAAUCCCUUUUCCGCCAGUACUCCCGUACUUUCACUUUGCCAGAGGGCGUUGAACCGAAGAGUUUGACCUCUGCCCUUCGUCCAGACGGCAUGCUGACCCUGGAAGCACCUGUUCCUGAAAACAUGAUCGAGGACAAGCCAAAGGAACACAAGAUUGCAAUCCAGCACACAUAAACUGUAUAUAUAAAUUUGUACUGCACAGACUAUCACCUUCCCCUCGAUCUCUAAUCUAUGCAUGUGUGACUGUUGAAAUGCAGUUCUAAGCUACUGGGUACAGCUAUCUACUAUAUACAGACUAUAGACUGAGUGAAGUCUUGACUUGAGCCUUAACCAUGUGAGAUGUGCUUGAAAUUUUGGAUAGUAAUUUUUUUUGCACAAGAAGUGACUGCUGUUAGCAGAGAUAUAACAAUUAUAAUGGAAUCAUGAUUUGAUAUUCUGUUUGAUAUUUCAUUUUAUUUUUUCAUGAUUAAUCAUAAAAGCUGCAGUAUUAAGCUGAGUAAGGAGACUUAGCUGAAAGCAAAUGAUUCUUUGGCAUUUCAUACAACCCAACAAGAUUUGAAGCUAUAAACUUUUUUGUUUUUAGUUGUUGAAGUUAUAAUAUAUAUCCAUGUUAGGUGAUUAUAAAGUGUUUGUUUAAAUGUUAGAACAUGUGUUAAGAGAACAGAUAAAUGUUAUUUUUGAUUUCUAUUCUUGCAAUAAAUUGAUAUUGUAUAAUA